AUGGUUGCUUCUAAAAUAUCAAACGUCGCAAAGACAGCCAGUUUGGCUGCUCAAGCAUUGAAGACUUCGGGUAGCGCUAAUGGCAGAACAUUGGCUCAAGCAGGUCAAUACCACGCAUUAAGAAUGUCAGGACAACGUCCAGCAUCGUCAUCUUCAGGACCACAAACUAUGACUGUUAGAGACGCAUUGAACUCGGCCAUGGCAGAAGAAUUGGACCGUGACGACGAUGUGUUCUUGAUGGGAGAAGAAGUGGCCCAGUAUAAUGGUGCUUAUAAGAUUUCGAGAGGAUUAUUGGACAGAUUUGGUGAAAGAAGAGUGAUCGAUACACCAAUUACAGAAAUGGGAUUCACUGGGUUGGCCGUUGGGUCAGCAUUGGCCGGAUUGAAGCCAAUUUGUGAGUUCAUGACUUUCAACUUUGCCAUGCAAUCGAUUGAUCAAAUCAUCAACUCGGCCGCUAAGACAUACUACAUGUCUGGAGGUAAACAACCAUGUAACAUCACUUUCCGUGGUCCUAACGGGGCUGCUGCUGGUGUCGGUGCCCAACACUCGCAAUGUUACGCUGCUUGGUACGGGUCGAUCCCAGGGUUGAAGGUUUUGUCGCCAUACUCGGCCGAAGAUUACAAGGGUUUGUUCAAGGCUGCUAUCAGAGACCCAAAUCCGGUUGUUUUCCUUGAAAACGAAAUGUCGUACGGUGAAUCGUUCGAGAUGUCCGAAGAAGCCUUGUCAUCCGACUUUGUCUUACCAAUCGGUAAGGCCAAGAUUGAAAGGGAAGGUACCGACAUUACCUUAGUUUCUCACACCAGAAACGUCAUGCACUGUUUGCAAGCCGCUGAGAAGUUGGAAAGCGAAUACGGUGUUAAGGCUGAAGUUAUCAACUUAAGAUCCAUUAAACCUUUGGACACUGAUUCCAUCAUCCAAUCCGUCAAGAAGACCAACCACUUGGUCACUUGUGAAGCCGGUUUCCCUGCGUUUGGUGUUGGUUCCGAAAUCUGUGCCCAAAUCAUGGAAUCUGAAGCCUUCGACUACUUGGAUGCUCCUGUUGAAAGAGUCACCGGUUGUGAAGUCCCAACUCCAUACGCUAAAGAAUUAGAAGACUUUGCUUUCCCAGAUGUUGAAAUCGUCAUGAGAGCCUCUAGAAAAGUUUUAGGUUUAUAG